AUGAGUUCCAUGACACCAUUGUUAAAACCAGAUGUGACCUUAUCUCUUACGUUGUCACCCUGCUCCCCUUCUCCUCAUGACCAAACUCUUAAGCCUGAAGAAAGAGGUAUACGUCUUAUCCAACUCCUUCUAAAAUGUGCAAAACAUGCAUCCUCGGGCAAUCUUCAUCGAGCUGAUGCGUGUCUUUUGGAGAUAUCGGUGCUUUCAUCGAUUUUGGGUGAUUGCAUGCAAAGGCUGGCUGCUCGUUUUGCCUCCGCCCUUGCCAUUCGCCUUGUCAAGCGUUGGCCCGGCAUACACAAGGCGCUGAACCAAGCCCAACAACCCAAAGUCGACCUUGAUAGGGCCAAGCUCCUCUUUACCAGAACCUUCCCUUACCUUAGUUUCGCUUAUGCCAUCAUAGCCAAAACCUUACUCCAUGCCAUGGCAAACGAGCGUGUGAUUCACAUUGUAGAUUUGGGCUCCGGUGACUCGAAAUUGUGGGUUGCGCUUCUCCGUGGUUUCGCCAACUCACCACAUGGGCCUCCACAUUUGAAGAUCACCUGUGUUAAUGGCAGCAAAGCUAUUCUUGAGAAGUUAGGUCAAAGGCUUGUCAAAGAAGCAGAAAGCGUGGGCGUGCCCUUUCAAUUUAAUUCUAUAAAUGCGAGCUUGAGAGAGUUAACAAAAGACAUGUUUAAAGCUGGAUCAGGAGAAGCGCUAGCUUUCGUAUCAAUAUUAAAUCUUCACGUUUUAUUGUCUGAAGAUGACCAAGUGGCUGCACAUUUUGGGGUUAACAAGAGCGACGGCAUUAAAGAUUGCAAGCAAAUUGGUGAUUUUCUAGCAAUGAUUCGGUCAAUGUCACCUACGUUAUUAUUUGUAGUAGAGCAAGAAGCGGACCUCAAUUUGAAUCGAUUGGUGGACCGAUUUGUAGAGGGAUUGAAUUAUUACAGCGCAGUGUUUGACUCGAUAGAUGCCACUUUGGCGAGUAAUCUGGCUAGUGAUGAAAGGCUUAUUUUAGAGGAAAUGUUUGGAAGAGAGAUCGAAAAUAUUGUAGCCUGUGAGGGGUUGGAAAGGAUUGAGAGACAUGAGAGGUAUGCAAGGUGGGUAGUUAGGCUUGCACAAGCAGGGUUUAAGCCAGUUCGGUUCUGGCAUAAUUCAGGCGAGGAUGCUAAGCAAAUUAUGGAUGCCUUCGGAAAGAAUGGGUACAAGACUGUUAUUGAGAGAACAGGUUUGAUGAUUUGUUGGCGUGAACGACCACUAUAUGCUCUUACAGCUUGGACCUGUUAGCAUUGUACAUUUGGGUAUUCCUUUUCACUGUCGGAGUAUAUUUGUAAUUGCAUAAAUACUAUAAAUAUGUGGGUGUGGUGAUGUGGGCUUAGUAGGAACAGACGCACAACACUUCUAUCCUCCUAUUUCUUUCUCUUCGUCCAGGCGGCCUUUCGAUAUCUCUUGCUGGAGGACAGGGGCAGGUUGUGGGUGGACGUGUCGCGGGGCCCUUGAUGGCUUAAAGUCUUGCGGUUUUGAUUGGCUGCGUCCUUUGCAAUUAAUGCAGUGUAUGAUCGGUUACCACUGGAGGAGGAUCGGGAGCCAGUACCAGCAGUAGAGGUGCAGCAGCAGCA